GCAGCAGCAGCAGCAGCAGAGGUCGCCCCGCCACGAUGGGCCAGAAGCUCUCGGCGGAAGAGGUGGCCGCUCAGGCCGGCGCGGGCCAACAUACGGUCGGGAUGUUUGAUUGGCAGGCGAUGGGGUUAGACGAGAACACGAUGUGCGAUCCCGACCUGUGGCAGAAAUUCGAGGUCAACGGUCAACGCGUCUUUGUUGAGGGAGAGAAUGGAGCGGCCGGCGGCAGCUCACGGAAGGAGAUGGUGAUGCCACGGGGUCGGAGGGAAGAUGACCCUCGUCUUGCUAGCUGUCAAACCAGAGGAGCCGCAGCAGCAGCAGCAGCAGCGGGAGCAGCAGGAGGGGGAGGAGGAGGAGGAGGAGGAGGUGUUGCUCGUCAGCUGUCCAUCGGUAAGGUCUCGAGAGAAGAGACCAUGAGCCUGAACGAUGGGAUGUGUUUUCCCCUGUCGCCGCGAGUCCAACCACCCCCCACCGAGGGGUUUAAUAGGACCCUUCUUGAGAGGGACUGUGACAGAGACCCUUCUUGGGACGAAGCCAUGGGAGAGGAAGAGAUAUUAGAGGCCAAGGAGUGGGUGACCUCUCCCACCAGUGGGAACACAAAGGUUCUGAUGAAACGACUAAGUGUUAAGAAGGACGGGACAGUGAGGGAGAGCAUCGUAGGAGAAGUCAGAGAAGGUGUUCUGCACAGAUACGCCUCGGCCGACAUCAAACACGUUAAUAAUGAAGGAAAGAGCGACGACGGUUACUGCGUUCUGGAUAGAUGCACUUUCCUCAAAGGGAAACUAACUAAUAUAGGAUUACUGUUAAUAUUCUAUCAGCCAGAGACCGGAGUCACCCAAGCCGCGACAGCCUUGGCUUGCGCCCGGUUGUCGGUGGACGACACACAACAUAUGAUGAUGGACUGCACCGAGAGCGGACGUUCUCCACGGCCUCUUGCGAAGCGGAAGAGGGAAAAGCCCAAGGAAACAGGUCUGCUGAGGGCUGUAGAGGAAGAUGCAGAGGGGAGCAGGACGGAGGUGGUCGUGGCUACAAAGCGAGCCAGCCAGCAUGACUGGCACUCUUUGUCAUCUCAACUAGCCGAGGAGGAGGAGAUUUCCUCGGAUGCAUGGGAGCGGUAUAGAAAAAGGGUGCAAAGGCCGACGCACGAAGAGGUGCAACUACCUGACCAGCAACAGCAGUCGACGACAUCUUCUGACGUUGGCGUCAUUAACGAUGAGCAGAUGAGCAUUGCCAUGAUGGAGGACCUAAGGCCCGCAGGCAUCGGUUGCCUUCUGGAAACGGGGGUUCUGAGCAUGGAGGACGGAAACGACGAUGGACAAUCAGGGACCGAACAGGUUCAGGCCGCGGAUUCGGCGACGCACAAGUCAUCAGAGGACGAGGACGAACCGCGGCCAUUGCUCGAGGACGAAGCCAUGGUUGCCGAGGUGGUAGGCGAUCUGGCCGCCGUAAGGUCUAUUUCGAUGCCGGGGGGGGAGACGGAGGACAUCUCUCAACGCAAUGGAGGAGGUGUCUCUUCAGCGGAAAAGGAGGAUCAUAGCUUUGGCAUCAGUCAGAGAAUCAUCACCUGCUCUGGAGAAGAUUCGUCGGUGGACGAUCUUCUGGCCAUAGCCAUGCCUGCUGAACUGCAGCAGCCAGUCUCUGAAUCGACGGUCGAGCAACUUGACGUUGAGACGGUGGCCGCUGAUCCAUCUCAUGCUCCCAUCAACGCUCAGGAAUCCGAUCAGGAAUUCCUGAGUGGGCAUGAUGCUGCUUCCAGUGGGGUACUAACUGAAAAUCCACUUGGGGCACCAGAGAUGCAGGUAAUCCCUGCCCUCCCACAAGGAGAGGAGACAGAGAUUGUAACGAGGGCUAAUGAAGAGGAGGAAGAAUCUGACGUGCAGUGCGAGCCAUUCUCAAACCUGUUGGAGAAGAAAGAAGAUGAGAAAUUGCUUCCUCCCAUUCUUUCUACCGAUCUAGAUUUGUCGGCGAGAGAAGUGGAUUUUGAGUUUGUGGCCAGGCAUGCUCCAGUCGAUGAAGUCGAGAGAAACAUGGCAGCAGAUUUUGCGCUACAGACUGUGGAAGUGGCAAAACGUGCCGAAGCAGGCAAGGAGGAGAAGCUGCAGGAUGAGGCGCAUACUGCAGAAGAAGAGACAGCAAAAUUGAUCGACGAGAACCUGCCACUGGUAGUCGAUGAGACCGAGGCCGUCGAAACGGGAAUGGUAGUCUCCACAGAGCAAGAGCUUGUGCAUGUGGAAGCAGCACAGCGUGUUGUGGAUGAUGCCCCUCCCAUGAUCGAGAGGUCGGCUUUGGAAGUGGAUGUUAAUGUCAGCGAUUCUCACAACCAUGUCCUAGAUACGGCAGAGACAACAGUCCCUGCAGGUGAGCUUGAACACGAGAUCCCAUCUGCAUCCGCAGAGGAUGAGCCCCGGGUGCAUGAGGAGAAUGUUAUGGCGGAGGAAGCCCCCGUGAAGGAAGACAACGAGGAGGCCGACUUGCCUGUGAAGGAGGAGGAUCAGGUUGAGUCAAAAUGCACAGCGUAUGAAGCGGAGCCGUCGCCAGCGAUGGAAGAGGAAGAACUGGAAGAGGAUGAUAAGGAGACAGCGCAGGAGGACGAGGGGGACGGUUCUGGAAAGGAAGAGGAUGAGGUGCUGGUGGAAGACAAGGAUCGGAUCGCAUCGAAGAGUGUGAUGUGUGAUGCGGGCACACUGCUGAUGACUGAAGAGCAAGAAAAGGAGGGGAAGGAAGUCCUUGAGGAGAAAAUGGUUGAGAGGGAAGAGGAGGUGGUGACAGAGGAGGAAGAAGGAGAGGUGGAGAUCAAAGAGACUCAGAAGGACGAGGAGGGGGUGAUGGUUGAAGACGAGGAUCAGACCACAUCGAAGGGUGUGAUGUGUGAUGCAAGCACACUGUUGCUGGCAGGGGAGGAGGAAAAGGAUGAGAAGGAGGCAAAAGAGGAGAAGGUAGAGGCGAGGGAAGAGGACGUCAUGAUGGAGGAGGCUCAGAAGGACGAGGAGGCGGUGAUGGUGGAAGACGAGGAUCAGACCACAUCGAAGGGACCUGGUGUGAUGUGUGAUGCAGGCACACUGUUGCUCACAGAGAAGCAGGACAAGGAUGUACAGGAGGCGGAAGAGGACAAAGGCAAGAAGAGUGAAGAGGAGGUGGUAAUGCAAAGGACUGACACCUUUACUAUCCUGAACUUGUCUGAGGGAGAAGAGGCAGCUUCAGUUGUCGCUCAAGAGGCAGCGUCAGUUGUCGCUCAAGAGGCAGCACCAGUUGUCGCUCAAGAGGCAGCGUCAGUUCCGGCUGUCGACUUCAGUGAGAACCAUCAGACUGAGGAUGUCAUUCUCCCUGUAAAUGUGGACGAUAAAGAGCGGGAGGCAAACGAUGUUGCCCACGGAUCGCUCGGCAUUGAGUUGUCGUUAUUUGGCGUUUCUGUGUUAGACUUUGAGAUGGACGAGGAUGACUCUGAUGAGAUGAUCGAACUCUCAAAGAUGCUGGUUCAGGAGGAGGAGGAGGAGGAGGAGGAAGAAGAAGAAGAAGAAGAAGAAGAAGAAGAAGAAGAAGAAGAAGAAGAAGAAGAAGAAGAAGAAGAGGAAGGAGAGUCGGAUGAUGGGAACUUGGCUGCGUCUGGUGAAAAGGAAACUUUUGACAUGGAGCCAAUGCCAGAAGAACCCAAUCCCAACCAUCUCCCAUCAGAAACUGAGGGAAAUGAAACAGUCGCACGGAUACUCCGUGACGCUGAAUGCCAGGCUACGCAGACCGAUCACGCGGUAAAGGAAGGGCAUACAGGGGCAUCAUGCUCACCCGAGACAGCAUCUAUCCAUGAGAGACCUGAAAUGGAUGACCAGCUAAUGACUGUCUGCCCGCACAUAGCUAUCAGCUGUCAAAAUCAUGCCGAGGUUUCACAUGUGACGGAGUCAAUCAUACAGGAGGUGGUUAUGGAGGAGGAGGUGGUUAUGGAGGAGGAGGUGGUUAUGGAGGAGGUUGCACAUGCGACGGAGUCAACCACGAUACAGGAGCUAAUGACUGCAUCGCGAGAGGAUCUGCAAACAGAAAACCAGUCAGAUACUGCGAUUGCAGAUGAGGUGGAGGUCCAAGCUGCGCCUGCGAUGCUCCCUUCAGAAUCUGUCUUUGUUGAGCAGAGUGUGGAGCGAGAGAGUCAGGUUAUCGCCGGGAUGUUGAAUACUGAGCACGGAUGCGAGAGCAUUGUUAUGGAGAUGGCAAGCGAAGAGCUGUGUGCUACUGCCGGAGGCAGCGUGUCGGAAUGCAGUCAAGAGGAGAGACCGAUUCCCUCAACCACCCCUGGUCCCGACGUCGGACCGGAUUCCCGUGAAGUAACUGUGGCUCGUAUUAAAUCGGACAAUGAUCGCACGGAGGAAGAUGGAGGCCUCCGGGUCGGUUGCAGCUCUUUUCAUCGCAAAAGUGAAAAAAGGGUGGAUGAAAAUGGUUUGCUUUCCGUGCGGCAGGAAACCGGAUCUUGCGCACUCGAGAAGGAAGAAAACGAGACCUAUGAACUGGAGAGAACUGAAGAUGAUGUGGAUAGAGUGUGUGGCUCCUCCGUUGAGGAGCAAAUGCUACAGUUGGCGGCAGAACAGACACAAUUGGCUGAUGGGAUGACGUGCAUCCACGCCGAGGCUGUAAUUGUCUCGGCUGACGAGGCGGAAGCUGCAGUAGCACCGGCUUUGCGAUCCAGGGAGGAAAAUGACUCUGAGGAAGUGCAUCUGCUGGGGCAAGCUGUGGCAGCAGACGACACAAAAGACGUCCAGAACGAGGAACCGGUCAUACUGGAUGACAGGGAAGGGGGGUCAGAACGCAGCUGCUUAUCAGUCGAGCACGGACUGGAGGACGAGGAGGAGGGGAUGGAAGCAACGAGUGCUGUUCGACUUGUUCAUGAUGUGAAUGAAGGAAAGAAGGGUGAGGAUGGUCUCCAGGUUUCCGCCGUGUGUGUGCAGCAAAGGGAGGAGGUGAUGUUGUCACACAAGAAUGGAACAGACAGUGAUACGAAGGAAGUAGGUGAUGGUGUCCUUCUCUCAUUGCUCGAUGUCAACGAAGCCUCAGAAGCUGCUCCUCACCAAGGCUCUCCUCUCGGCAAUUCAGAGGCCAUGCAAAUCGACACCUCGUCUCCUCGGUCCCGCACUUGCCUGAAUAGACAGCCACAGGAUAUGGACAUCUGGCCAGGGUGUUCGUACGAGAUGAUGCAAAUGGAGAGUGUUCGAAAACAGCAGAUCACCUGUACGGAUGAGGCAUCAUCCGCCCAAGACCCUGGCGAAGUCGUGGAGGCUGAGGACGCUGGCAAGGAGCGCCGACGGUUGCCUUUGCGAAUUUCGGUGUCCUCGCCACACAGACAAGGUCUUGCUUGCUGUGAGAUUCCUAUCGAGUACCUGGUUGACGAUGGCGAGGACAGGGUAGCCAAGGACAACAGCAAGGUGGGAAGCUUGGGUAUGAGUAUGGAUGCCGUACCCGUUCUGAGGCAUCCGGAGUCGAUCGAAGUGCUGGAUCAUCUGCACGAGGUGGCACGGUCGUGGUCCGAGAGCGGCUUUGCAGGCUUUGAUGACCACCGCAUGCAGCCAGGGUUGAUCAUGCAGAACGGGCGCAGAGGCCUGUCCGACAUAUCGGGGAGCAUCGACAUCUUUGAUGAAGCGGAAAUGUUCAGCGAAGCAUGGUCAGACAAAUGGGAGCAGCGGUGGGGUAUCGCUGAGUCGGAGGGACGAAGGGCGCGUACGAAGCCGAGGACAAGCGACCUCUCCGUCGCUCAAUUGAGCGGCCGAAGCUCGUCGUCCAGCUUUUGCGCUCCCAGCGAAGACGACUCUGAGCAGGUUAUUGCUAGCGGGACUGUUCUCGCCAAAGUACAGGAAUUUACGAGGAAAGUCCGAGAGAAGCAACAAGCUGCGAAUUCCGGGCAUUCACCCUCUGCGUCUUCGACAACGUCUAGCAGCGGCGCGCAGGAUUUCCAGUUUUCGGCAGACGGGAGCGAGCAUGAAACUGCCGCCCUCUUAAGCUGCGGUGAUGCCAGCAGUAAAUUGUCCACCUGGAAAGCCAAGUGCAGGGCGAGUGGAACGUCCAAAUCUGGCGGGCUGUGUGUUAGCGUGGGAAAGCCUAAGGAGAGCGAGUCGCUUCCCGCAGAGGUGGGUGGUGUUCUUGCGAGACAGACACAGAAAAAACAGGAGUCGAAUGUUUUGUCUGCUAUCGGUCGGAGCACAGAGGGCGAGAGGCCAGCAGGGCACAGGCGGCAGUUCAGCAGCGGAAGUGGGAAGGGAAAGGAGAAUGCCAUUCUGAGGGACGGCAAUACACAGGCGUGUGCAAGGCCCUGCGCGCCCCUUGAGGCCUGCUCGGGUUCAAAGAAUGCCGUCGUCAUCUACGGGCUGUUUGAUGAAGAAGAUGAUCCGAUGCUGAAUCCCCAUGAUGAAAACAAGCAGCCUGUCGUGAGGACUCCGACUCGAGUGGGAGUCAAUGUUCGCAGCCUUGUGAAAGUUCCACAUCAGGUUCAACAUCAGGUUCCAGAUCAGAUUCCACAUAAGGUUCCAGAUCGGGUUGCACUCAAUAAGAUUCCCAAUCGGCUUCGAGGACAAGAUCAGGUUCCAGGUCCAGUUCCAGAUCCGGUUCCAGAUCCGGUUCCAGAUCCAGUUCCAGAUACAGUUCCGAAGAAGGUUCCAGAUCCGGUUCCAAAUCCGGUUCCAGAUCAGGUUCCAGAUCAGGUUCCAGAUGGCAUUCAUCAGGUUCCAGAUGGUAUUCAUCAGGUUCCAGACGGCAUUCAUCAGGUUCCACGUUCAAGGUGCCAGGUUCUGGGUUCCAGGUUGCAGGUUCCAGGUCCGAUUCCAAAUCCGAUUCCAGAUCCUGUUCCAGAUCAAGUUCCAGAUCCGAUUCCGGAGAAGGUUCCAGAGAUUCAGUUCCAGAUCCGGUUCCAGAUCAGGUUCCAAAUCCGGUUCCAGAUCAGCUUUCAGAUGGCAUUCAUCAGGUUCCAGAUCAGGUUCCAGAUCAGGUUCCAGAUCAGGUUCCAGGUUCCACGUUCCAGGUUCCAGGUUCCAGGUUCCAGGUCAGAUUCCAAAUCCGAUUCCAGAUCCUGCUCCUGGAUCCAGUUCCAGAUCCGAUUCCAGAGAAGGUUCCAGAGAUUCAGUUCCAGAUCCGGUUCCAGAUCAGGUUCCAAAUCCGGUUCCAGAUCAAGUUCCAGAUUCCGGGUUCCAGGUUCCAGGUUCCAGGUUCCAGGUCAGAUUCCCAAUCUGAUUCCAGAUCCUGUUCCACAUCCAGUUCCAGAUCCGAUUCCGGAGAAGGUUCCAGAGAUUCAGUUCCAGAUCCGGUUCCAGAUCAGGUCCCAGAUGACAUUGAUUUGUCUGAAUGAGGUUCCCAAUUGGAUUUGUGGGUGGCUUCACGAGAUCGACCGAUAGAAUGUGUGGCCUCCCUCCUGCUUGAUGUGCGGCGGACAGUUCAGUGAACUUCAUUCCAAUUCUCCCGACUGUCCAACGUGGAAUUGCAAUUCCUUAAUAACCGCAUACUCACAAGAAAAGAGAAAAAAAGAAAAGAAAAAGGACUGGUUUACUUAUUUAUGGAUGUAAAUGCAGUCAGACGCAUCCAGGUCCGGCCAUAAUUGCAGUCAGAUGCAUCCAGCUCCGGCCGUACAUGCAGUCAUAUAUAUCUCUUAAAAGAUAGCGCUGGCGUGAGUACGCCCUAUUCCGAUGCCCCGAUUUUGUGCGACGGAUUGGGUUCCAGAAUCCACAUAUUUAUUCUGAAAAUCUUAUCGAUUCAAGAUUUCAUUUUGCGAUCUGCGUUGGUAUGCUGCAUAUGCCGCACACGUUAGUCAAUAACGGCGAAUUCCAGAUAAAUGCCCUGGUCUAGC